UAGCCGUUUUACAGAAAGAAGAGGACAGUAUUGGAGUCAUCUUUGACUUCUCCAUUUGGAACUAAUAUUGUCUAUUGAGAUAUAGAAAGCUGGAAAGCUUUUAUUCAGAACAAUGGAUUUCAUAAAGGAGAACAGUCAAAUUCUCAUUCAAAGGAUGGGAAUGACUGUUAUAAAGCAAAUUUUGGAUGAGCUAUUUGUAUGGAAUGUUCUGAAUGACAAUGAAGUAAACAUCAUUUGCUGUGAGAAGGUCGAGCAGGAUGCUGCGAGAGGGAUCAUUCACAUGAUUUUGAAGAAGGGUUCAGAAGCCUGUAACCUGUUCCUUAAAUCCCUUGAAAAGUGGAACUAUCCUCUGUUUCAGGACUUGCAUGGACUUAGUCUUUUUUAUCAGAUGUCAGAAGAAGACUUAGAUGGUUUGGCUCAGGAUUUAAAGGACUUAUACCAUACCCCAUCUUUUCUGAACUACUAUCCACUGGGUGAAGAUAUUGACAUUAUUUUUAAUUUGAAAAGCACCUUCACAGAACCGGUUCUAUGGAGGAAGGACCAACACCAUCACCGUCUGGAGCAGCUGACCCUGAGUGGCCUGCUGGACACUCUUCAGAGCCCCUGCAUCAUCGAAGGGGAACCGGGCAAAGGGAAGUCCACUUUGCUGCAGCGAAUCGCCAUGCUCUGGGCCUCUGGAGAGUGCCAGGCUCUGACCAAGUUCAAAUUAGUUUUAUUUCUCCGUCUGAGCAGGGCCCAGGGUGGACUCUUCAAAACCCUGUGUGACCAACUCUUGGAUAUACCUGACACAAUCAGGAAGCAGACUUUCAUGGCCAUGCUACUGAAGCUACGGCAGAGGGUUCUUUUUCUCCUUGAUGGCUACAAUGAAUUCAAGGCCCAGAACUGCCCAGAAAUCGAAGCCCUAAUAAAGGAAAACCACCGCUUCAAGAAUAUGGUCAUCGUCACCACCACCACGGAGUGCCUGAGGUACAUCAGGCAGUUUGGUGCGCUGAUUGCCGAGGUGGGGGACAUGACCGAGGACAGUGCCCAGGCUCUCAUCCGGGAAGUGCUGAUAAAGGAGCUCGCUGAAGGCUUGUUGCUCCAAAUUCAGAAAUCCAGGUGCUUGAGGAAUCUGAUGAAGACCCCUCUCUUUGUGGUCAUCACUUGUGCAAUUCAGAUGGGGAAAAGUGAGUUCCACUCUAACACACAAACCACACUGUUCUGUGCUUUCUACGAUCUGCUAGUAAAUAAAAACAAGCACAAACGUAAAGGGGUGGCUCCAAGUGAGGUCACUCGGAGCCUGGACCACUGUGGAGACCUAGCUCUGGAGGGCGUGUUCUCCCACAGGUUUGAUUUUGAACCGGAUGACUUGUCCAGUGUGAACGAGGAUGUUCUGCUGACAACGGGACUCCUCUGUAAAUACACAGCUCAACGGUUCAAGCCGAAGUAUAAGUUCUUUCAUAAAUCAUUCCAGGAGUACACAGCAGGACGCAGACUCAGCAGUUUAUUGACGUCUGAAGAGCCAGCAGAGGUGACCAAGGGGAAUGGUCACUUGCAGAAAAUGGUUUCCAUUUCAGACAUUACAUCCAAGUACAGCAACCUGCUCCUGUAUACGUGUGGGUCAUCUGCCGAAGCCACCCGGACUGUUCUGAAACACCUGGCAUCAGUGUAUCAACAUGGCAGCCUCGGUGGGCUUUUAGUCACCAAGAGGCCUCUCUGGAGGCAGGAAUCUAUGCAAAAUGUGAAAAGCACCACUGUGCAAGAAAUUCUGAAAGCCAUAAACAUCAACUCCUUUACAGAGUGUGGCAUCAAUUUAUUCUGUGAGAGUAUAUCCACAUCAAACCUGAGAGAAGAAUUUGAAGCUUUCUUUCAUGGUAAAAGCCUACAUAUCAACUCAGAGAACAUCCCUGAUUACUUAUUUGACUUCUUUGAAAACUUGCCUAAUUGUGCAAGUGCUCUGGACUUUGUUAAACUAGACCUGUACGGGGGAGCUGUGGCUUCUCAGGAUAAGACCACAGAAGACGCAAGCAGGGUCCACAUGCAAGAGUCCUCAGGAACCUACAUUCCCAGCAGGGCUGUGUCUUUGUUCUUCAACUGGAAGCAGGAAUUCAAGACAUUGGAGGUUACACUCCGGGAUUUCUGCAAGUUGAAUAAGCAAGAUAUCACAUACCUAGGGAAAAUAUUCAGCUCUGCUAAAAGCCUCAGGUUGUACAUUAAGAGAUGUGCCGGCAUGGCUGGAAGCCUCAGUUCGGUCCUCAGCACCUUUAAGGACAUUCACUCCAUCAUAGUGGAAGCCAGUCCCCUCACCUUAGAAGACGAGCGGCAUAUCACAUCUGUGACAAACCUGCACACCUUAAGUAUUCACAACCUAGAGACUCAACAGCUACCAGGUGGUCUGACUGACAGCUUAGGUAAUUUGAAGAACCUUAUGACGCUCAUACUGGAUAAUAUUAAGAUGAAUGAGGAAGAUGCUAUAAAACUAGCUGAAGGUCUGACAAAUCUGAAAAAGAUGUGUUUACUUCGUUUGACCCACUUGUCUGAUAUAGGGGAGGGAAUGGAUUACAUAGUCAAGUCUCUGUCAGCUGAACCCUGUGACCUUAAAGAAAUCCAAUUAGUCUCCUGCUGCCUGUCAGGAAAUGCUGUGAAAACCCUAGCUCAGAAUCUUCACAACUUGGCCAAACUGAGCAUUCUUGAUUUAUCUGAAAAUCAUCUGGAAAAGGAUGGAAAUGAAGCUCUUCGUGAACUAAUUGACAGGCUGCACAUCUUGGAACAGCUAAAUGUGCUGAUGCUGCCCUGGUGCAGUGAUGAACGAGUCAGCUUGGACAGGCUGCUGGAGCAACUGAAGUGGGCCCCACAGCUCAUCAAGCUUGGGCUGAGAAACUGGAGACUCACAGAUGCAGAGGUUAGAAUUCUAGGUGCAUUUUUUGAAAAGAACCCUCUGAAAAACUUCCAACAGCUGGAUUUGGCAGGAAAUUGUGAUGAUGUGUGGCACCAUCACCUCCCUAGCUGGCCUCUUCCAUGGAAAUCUACUUUCUUAGUUUCAUCAUUCAAAUAAAAAGGAGAAGGAAAAGAGGAGGAUGCCAAGAAAAUGAGCCCAAAGAAGAGGAGGAAAUGGGAGGGAGUUUAACUUGACAUCUAUAAAUAGUUCUGGUGUCCCAUCACUUCUACUAGGAGUAUCAGUUAGUUGAAGGGGACUCCUGUUUAUCCUUGUAUUCCCUUUGGUCUCAAGAAUAGCAGAUCAGCAAAAUUUAUAUACUGUAUGCACAUUUACUUAGUACAGGGCCUGGCAUGUACUAUACUCUCAACAAGCAUUUGCUGAAUAUGGGAUAAAGUUACCAAUAAAGAACAGGCCAAAAUUAUUUAAAAGCAGAGAGAAAACUCCAUGUAUGUUCUUUAUUCAAACAGUUUAAUUCAAACAAUUUGGAAUUUAAAAAGUAUUUUCUUACAUAAGAAGCAGAUCAGAUUCCCCAAAAAGAUCAGCAAUCUUUAGUUAAGCAAAAAAUUGGCAGUUUAUGAGUAGCUAAAUCAGAGGCUUGAAUGAGUAGCUAAACCAGUUGCUGACACGUGUAUGUAAUUCCAUCUGUGACUUCAGAGAUUAAGGAAGAAAGAAAAAAUGGACCCCAUUACUUUGUACCCUAUGGAAGCUAAGGGUACCCUGCCCUAAUCUUUUCCCCACCACCUCCAAAAAUAAUCCUUCCCUACAAAGAAAGAAGUCUAAGAAAAAUCUGUUUAAUCUAAACAGAUUUAAGUCGAGGCAAGUCUGAAAUAAACAAAAACCAAAAUGGUGUCAACCUGUAGUUUACCCUCUGCUCUCAUGGCAUCUCCAAUUAAUGGCUCGGGUAUUGGCAUAGGUAACACUUGGCCUGAAUGCUGAGGUAGUCACUGCAAAGAAAUACUAGGUACAAUAUUCCGUUUCACAAGUGGGCAUAUAUUCGGCAGAUUUAGUCAUACAAUUUUAGAGCUCAUAGUUUCCAGAUCAACUACUUCAUCUCCCACCCUAACUUUACAGAUGAGAAACCUCACAGAAGUUAAAUGAUAGCAAUUUCUCAAACAGGAUUAAUCAUAUUCCAUGAAGCUUGCUCUUAAUCACAAACCAUGGGUCAAGUACUUAAUUCAAACUUGCUUCUUUGUCUAGCUUCAAGUAACUCUGUGGCAAGAUUUACUAGUAAGGCUACUACAUCUAGGCCUAUGCUGGGCAAGCUUCUUAUUUUCAUAUCCAGAACCUGGUCAGAUCUUGGCAAAUAAGACUUCUUUAUAUAAUAAUGCCUGGAACAAUGUCACCUGAAGCAGUUGGCAAUACUGAAUUUCAGCAAGUAGAGCCAAUUCUUUCAGAACCCAUAUGCAACUUCUCAAAUAGUGUAGGUGGGUAUCAAAGCACCUUUGGAAGGACAAUUAAUUGCACAGGUGUUACCUCUAAAUGGGUGUUGAGGAAAUAGGCAUUUAACAUCUCACAGAACUGUGUUCAGUACCUGGGCACUUUAAAAAUCCCCUGGAGAUGGAGAAGACAUGCAUAGCAUGGCAGCACAUACCUCUUAAUCAUCACUCAGUACACGGCAGUUCUUCAGAUUUCAUGCAUGACCCGAAUUCACGUUUAGAUGAGGUCAAUGGAGGAAAAAUCACCCUGUAAUAGUAGACCAAUAAUAGGUAUAGUAAUAGUUGGAGAACAUAAGACAAAUGUCAAGGAACAGGUUGCCUUAUCACAUUUUACAAAGUUUCACUUUCCCCGGCAGUCAAGGUAGCGUGGGCUCUAUUUCUUCAGCAGGUCAAGUGCCUGAACAGGGUUGCAGAUGUCAAAGACAAUGAUCAACUCCUCAUCAAGCAAAAGUUAUUUGGGACAUUGUCACUUAUCACAGGAUGACUACAAUUCUGCUUGACAGAGAUGGCUUCUUAGAUGUUUAUGAUUCUACUGUAAAGAAACAGGAUUUGGGAGUGUUGCUCAUAUUUAAAAGAGGAUGAGUUUAUUGAAGAAA